GCGGAAGUGAGAUGGUCUCACGCUGUGAACAGCAGGAGCAGCCUGACCGAGGCCCUUAAAGUCGAUCCGACAAACAGUUCUGCAGCCACAUGAGGUGAUGGUGACGACAUUUAUGCUGCGUUCCAUUUACCUCGGAAGUCGGAACUGGGAAUGACGUCACAUUCGUCUGCAGAAAUGGAUUUCCCAGUUGUUUGUUCCAUUUGUCAUUACCACGUUGGGAAAAAGGAGUGUCCCCAUCUUGGAUAAGAGCAACUCUAUAAUGUACAAACCGGCUCCAAAAGUCGGUUAAAAGAAAAGGAUGUCAUUUUUUAUAAUGAUAAUAGAAACUGUCAGAAGAUUUAUAUUUUGAAUUUACUUACAUUGUUUGAUAUUACAUCCAUAAAUGUAAAUGGACUCAAAAGUUACCAGAGAUACAACAUUUAAAAUGGAAAUAGAAUAGUGUGCAUGGAAUGAAACACCAAAAAGCAAUGACAUUAGUGAAUCCCUAAAUAUGUUUAUUUAAUUUCUAGGUACCCCAUAUUAAUUUGUAUAUUCACGGGUAAAUCAUUUAAAUAAUGUUUGUAAGUAUGCAUGUAUGUGCUUCACAUAUAUCAGUUUAAAAAGCCUGUCCUUGUUUUUAGCAUCACUGAUCAGUUGUUAGCUGAUACAUCUUUAAAACAGCACGUUGCGCAGUACUUCAUGUAAUAAAAGAGUGUUGCUGCACAUGACAUGCAAUCCCAGGGUAGUGCUGUGUCGACAAUUUAUAAAGAUGCACUGAGAAACAGCAACAGGUUCUGAAAACAGGUCAAAAUCAAAGUUUUUACUACACUUAAUACUUUGUGCCGCCAUGUUGUGAUGUCCAGGUUGGGGUGCUCUGUGAAAGACCGAGUUCACAAGUUGUAAAUACGACUUGGAGAGACGUUCCAUUUGCCACUUCCGGUUAGAAGUCGGAAAAACAAGUCAGAAUAUGAGUUACAAUGACAAAUAGAACGCAGCAUUAGUUUCUAUUUGACCAACCCUUCAGGUCCCACACACAUGCUGGAGGCAGACGUUAUCAUGAGAGGUCGAGACCCUCGAGAGCCAAUCAUGGCUCAUCCUCCAGACACAGACAGUGACAUCACGCUGAGGGAGUUUCUGGAAGCAGUGAAGAAGCAUGACAAAGGAAUCAAACUGGACUUUAAGAGCCUGGAGCCGCUGUCUCCCUCUAUGCUCCUGCUGCAGGAGGCUCUGUCUGGCACAGGCCACCCUGUGUGGAUGAACGCCGACAUCCUCUCUGGUCCAGGAGGACGGGCAACACCCCUGCAGCCACAGGUGUUCCUCUCUGCCGUGAGGUAUCUGCCCACCCACACUGUGCUGUCUCUGGGCUGGACCACUGGAUGGACCGCCGGGACGGAAAACCCAGGGUACAGCUGGGAGAUGGUGCAUGAGAUGGAGGACAUCUGUAAGACUCUUGAACAUCCCGUCACGUUCCCAGUGCGAGCCGCUCUGAUGGCCCAGUCUGUCCCUCAGCUCACCUGGCUGCUGCAGCAGUCGGACAGCUACUCCCUCACCGUGUGGACGGGUCAGGAUGACAAGUUUGUCCUGGAGGACUUGCAGCUCUUCAGGAAACAGUUUGACAUCAGCAGGAUUUAUUUCGACCUUCCUGAACCUCAGAGGGCUGAGCUCAUAAUCACGGAAUAAGACAAGAACUGAACGUUGCAUCAAGUUAAACACUGUUCAGACUCUGACAGCACUGUGAUGCCACCUGGUGGAGAGAGGAAGAUUUCUCAGGAAGUUUCCUGCAGAUCAUCACCUGACGUCAGGAAGUCGGGCUUAGCGUGAUUAUCUCAUUCAUCCUGAGAAUGAUAACUCCUACUUGGAAUCCAUAUGCAUUUAUGAUGACAAGUAAAAUUCUUUAUCAGAAAAGUAAAGUAAAAUGAAUAAUUUAGCACUCGCUCUAAUGAUGGAAGCGAUGCCAUAAGCUCACUGUGUCAGUGGCACCCUGUCCUCACUGCUGAUUGGCUGGCUGGUACUGUGUAAUGUCAAGCCAAUCAGAUAAUAUCAUGGGUCAGUGUAUUUUCUGGGAAAAACGGGCAAAACUGGUUAUUUCAUUUUUUGUUUUUGGUCAA